AUGUUGAUGGGAAAACAUGAAGACCUGGGGGCCAAACAGGCACAAUCUCCUCCAGAGAACUUCUUUCCUAGCAGGGGCAAGAAGCUCACCACAACACGGCAAAGGCAGCGUUUACACCCAGGAGGAAGACAGCAGGCAGAAAAAAAUUUAAAGAGACUGAACUUGCAAGUAUUAGAACCUGUAAAACUUAGUAUAAAACACUCAAAACACGGCAGUUUGGAAACGCUACCAGAUUAUAACCGUGUUAUUGUUCUGGCCGCGAGGCCGGAGUGCCUUUCUCGGGUGAGGGCAGAGGCCGUGGAGGAGAGGGAGGACUUCAUCUCCAAACGUCGCAAAGGCCUGGCCUGGUGGAUGGACCACAUGUGCAGCCACCCUGUGCUGGCUCAGUGCGAUGCCUUCCAGCACUUCCUCACCUGUCCCAGCACGGAUGAGAAGGCCUGGAAACAAGGCAAGCGCAAGGCUGAGAAGGAUGAGAUGGUGGGUGCCAACUUUUUCCUGACCAUCAGUGUCCCCACGGGCCCUGGGGCCAGCCUGGACUUGCAGGAGGUGGAAAGCCAGGUGGAUGGCUUCAAAGCCUUCACGAAGAAGAUGGAUGAGAGUGCCCUGCAGCUUAAUCACACUGCCAACGAGUUUGCCCGCAAACAAGUCACUGGUUUCAAGAAGGAAUACCAGAAGGUGGGGCACUCCUUUAAGUGCCUCAGUCAGGCAUUUGAGCUGGACCAGCAGGCCUUUUCAGCUGGCCUCAACCAAGCCAUAGCCUUCACCGCAGAAGCCUAUGACACUAUCGGGGACCUCUUUGCAGAUCAGCCCCGGCAGGACCUAGAUGCUGUGAUGGAUUUGUUAGCGCUGUAUCAGGGGCAUUUGGCCAAUUUUCCAGACAUCAUCCACGUCCAGAAAGGAGCCCUUACCAAAGUAAAGGAGAGUAAGCGACAUGUGGAAGAGGGGAAGAUGGAGCUCCAAAAAGCUGAGGGCAUUCAGGAACGCUGUAACAUUAUUUCUUUUGCGACCCUAGCAGAAAUUAAUCAUUUCCACAAAAUUCGUGUGAGGGACUUUAAAUCACAGAUGCAGCAUUUCUUGCAACAGCAAAUACUCUUUUUUCAAAAAGUGACACAAAAGCUAGAAGAAGCUCUUCACAAGUAUGACAGCAUUUAAUCUCUGAACUUUGAUUUGUGGACUUUCCUCAGUAUGAAUGUGACUCAAGCAGCAGAGCAAACAUUGCUGCUGCUGAAGAACUGUUGCCAGUGGUAGAUGGUGGUACAAGGAUGGUUUUGUGUUCACCUGGAAUCCUGGUUUAAUCUCCGUUUACAUAGAAAGGCAAGAGUUAUAGGGCUAUGUAGUAGAAACAGUACCACUCAUUGUAACUAAGUUAUACUGUGUAUGCCUACACUACCAUUGUAACUUUUUUGAAAUAAUGAAUAUACUAUUUGCCUUAUUGCUUUUUGAAAUAUGGUAUUUUAGUGCAUACUUUGUAGACCUCAAACCCUUUUGGAUCUUUAAGGAAGUUGGCUAGAUAAAAGCCUGCUUCAGAUGCCUUUUUACUUUCCUAGAUUUGGAUUUCCUAAAUUCAAACGAUUCUCUGUUUACAGA